CCAGUAUCAGGACAACAGCAACUCCCUCUGCUUCUCGCGCCAAUUUUCGCAUUAUUUAAACCUCCAUUUAUGCUUUCAUUUAUUUUUCACCUUUGGUAAGAAAGUCGCUACAAAAAAAAGACAUGGCUCUUUUGUUUUGAGUGAGCGCUUCCCCCCCCCCUCUCCACGCACACGCUCCUCUUUGAGAGUCUGCGCGUCUUUUUUUUUUUUUUUUUUUUCUUCUCCCCACACUCCCCUCCGCCACCUCCACUCUUCCACAUCUCUCAGCGGUAAUGUGCGUGUGCACGGCCGCAGGCUGCUAGCGCCUCGGGAACCGCUCUCAACGGGAAUCUGCACCGGAGAAGCUAACCCAGGAUGGUACGGCACUGUUGGUAAACAGCUCGAGUUUGAUCAAGGCCACAGUAAUCUCGCCCGCCUCUCCUAAACAACGACAAGCCCUUCUCAGCCAUGUCUAACAUAAACAGUGCGCUUUGCAUCGAAAACGGACAGAACGCCGACGUUUCUCUUUUACAAAAGGAUAAUCUCCAGGAUGGUGGAUUAAGCCAGCUUUUGGAUUAUAACGCCGAAAUGGAAAGGUACAGGUCUUUUGCGAACUUUUACAAAACCAAUGGGGCAUUUCCACAAACUGCCAAGAUUGCCCGCAUCACGACGCCCAUUUUUCCCAGCGCCAGAAUCGGCAUGUCCCCUUGGAACUGCGAUAACGCCAUGCUCUGGGGGAGGAAAUCAGCAGCAAUAAACCCUAAUAGGACCAGCAUGCAUAGAAAUGACUCCCAGAGGCCGGGUAAGCCUGGCGUGCCGCCAGAGACGCUGCAAAUGGCAAAUAAUAAUUUCCUCUCUACCUUAUCCCCCGAACACUGCAGACCUUUAGCAGGAGAAUGCAUGAACAAGCUGAAAUGCGGCGCUGCCGAAGCAGAGAUAAUGAAUCUCCCUGAACGUGUUGGAACUUUUUCAGCUAUUCCGGCUUUAGGGGGCAUCUCAUUACCUCCCGGGGUCAUCGUCAUGACAGCCCUUCACUCCCCCGCAGCCUCAGCAGCCGUUACAGACAGUGCGUUUCAAAUUGCCAAUCUGGCAGACUGCCCACAGAAUAAUUCCUCGGCAUCAAGUGGAAACCCGGCAAAGAAGAAAAGGAAAAGGUGUGGGGUCUGUGCACCCUGCAGGCGGCUAAUCAACUGUGGUGUCUGCAGCAGUUGUCGAAACCGCAAAACGGGCCACCAGAUCUGCAAAUUUAGGAAAUGCGAGGAAUUGAAGAAGAAGCCGGGCUCGUCGCUGGAGAGGACGCCGGUCACUAACGGCGAAGCAUUCCGGUGGUUCUUCUAAAGGCAUGCUGGCCCACCCGUUACCCAUGAGCGACUCUUUGGACUGUCUGCUCGGAGCACUCUAUGACCCCAAGCAACACAUUUUUGGAUCGGAGGACGGAAUUUAAAACCGUUUGGACAGAAAGAUGGAUGAAAACAUAUUUGGGUGUUGUUUGCUUUUUCUGUGUAAUUAUUGUACCUUUUUGACAGUAUCACAAUGUAUAUUUUUGGUGUCUAUGAAUGUGUUUUCAGUGUUUGCGGGCCAUGACUGGGCCGCCGACUUUCUGUAAAGAAAGAGACAAUCGUAGCACCAUACACUGAAGACGGACUGACCACCGGGAUCGACGACAAAGCAACAGCAAUAAUUAUUUUUCAUCCUUCUCCCUCCAAGGAAUCAUCUGAUCUUUCCACAGUUUUGUCUCAAUGAGGCACUUUCUUUUUUCUAACUUUGUGUGGACUCACUGCAGUACAGGGCACAUUGUCUUGCGUGGUGAGUGUCACCUCUUUAAAAAGCGAGCAUUUAUUGGAGUCGGACUCUAAUCUGGAGAUUUUUCUGGGUUUUCAGUAUUUCAAAAGGGGAUUUAUGUCAGUAAAGGCGUUGUUGCUGACGUUAAAACCAAUGAAAGUACACUAUGAACAUAUCAGGUGGGAGUUCUGCGAGGGGCGGUUUUGGACUUUUCUCUUCUCCCCGCAGAGCACCCCACCACAAGCACCCCCCCCCCCCCCCCUCCCAAAAUGAUCCUGAUAAGUUCCCCAUCGUCCUGAACCCUGUUGUUGCAUGUGUACAUGUGUUUGGCUUUUAAAGACCACUUAAGAAUUUGUAUAUUGUUGUUGUGAUGCUUUUAUGUGUUCUAAUAAAAAAUAAUGAC